AUGGAAAGUAAUAAUGAUGAAAGUAUAAAGUUAGCUAAAGACUCUUCAUCAGAUUCCUCAUCAACAUCGACACCUACAGUUACACUGUCACCUUCUUCCAUGUCGUCAACAUCGUUUGUACUGGCCAGUACAACAUCUUUUUCAGUUGGUAGUCUCUCGCCGUCAUCAACAAACUCAUCCAAGUCGACCAUUACCACCACCACCACUACAAUUAACAAUAGUGAUGACAACAGCAGUGGUAGUAGUGUCACAGUCGAUAAAUUCAAGGUGAACGAUGACAAUGAGUUGAUAAUAGACAUAGGACCACAGGCAGUAUUCUCACUACUAAAGGAGCAACUCUCGCCAAUGCCACUGUCACCACGCUCACCAAGAAUCUCACCAACACUCUCUUCGGCAUCACAUCGUUCACCACCGAAAAAACAUAAUCUUCUUUCAUUACACCAGCUUGAACAACAACAACAACAACAACAAAAUCAACACCACCACACAACUCCUGAAAAGGAAACAUGUUCUUUGCUCUUUAAGGAACCACUACCACACUCACCACGACGUUCAAGCUCACCACGACGUUCAAACUCACCAUUACCACCAAGUGAAAUUCCAUUCAUUGGAUUGUCUCCUUUGAAACCAUCAUCGUCGCCAUCGUCAUCGACAUCCACCGCAAAUACAACACCUACCAAGUCAUUGUUAACACCAUCCACAAAAUUAUUAACACCAACACACAAUCGUAAAACACCAUCUAAAUUCGGACAACAGGACAGUGACGAAGAUACCGAUACAACAGUGUCUGUUGGUACACCGAUGUCAUCGACGUCAUCGAUUUCAACACCGACAUCUGAUUUCAAAUCCGGUGUAUUUUCAACGCCUUGUUCUGCCAACUCACCGUUUAAACUUCCCAAUGGAUCGGCACGCUCCACCUCUAGCCACAGGUCAUAUCCAUCGACACCCACCUCUUCCAGCAAACAACAACAACACCACCACCACCAACAAAGAUUAAAUGUAAUGGGAAGUGGUAAUACAACACCUAUCAUGCCAACACCAAUCCGAAAACAAGCAACAACACCACCGACAUCAGCUUCUCGAGCGACACCAAACAAUCUAUCUACCAAGAAGCGAAGACAACAAGCAGCAGCAGCAGCAAUAGCACAGAACAACACUUUGAACCUACAGGAUUAUUUCAACUCGAUACUGGUUUUCUGUUGUGUUGGAUGUAAUAUAGUGGUAGGAGAUUCCACCAUGUUGGUAAGCGAGACCACCGACGAACAAGAGCAAUUCAUGAUCAACCAAAAGUGUUAUCUAAUGACAAGAGUUGCACAUUCCAUCGUUGAAUCCGAUGCAUCAGAAACAGAAGAACAAGAACAACAAGAAGCAGCAGCAGCAGCAGAUCAUACAAUAUUAUCAUGUCCAAUAUGUAGUAAUGAAAUAGGUUAUAAAUUAAAUGCAAUAACAGAGAAUGAACAAUCAUAUUAUAUUUUAAAUAGUGAUUCUAUAUCAUAUUAUCAAUUAGGUGCAGGAAGAGAAUCAAAUAAUUCACAACAUUCAAAUAGUAUACCUCCUUUACCUGUAGAGAAUACUUAUAUUUCAAAUUUACAUGGAUCAAUUAGUUUCUUAAGUGAUAGAGUUUCCAACCUGGAAGGUAGUAUAAAAGAACUUUUGGAUAUAUUUAGUGAUGUCAUGGAUGAAAAAGAAAGUUUGAUCAGUUCUGUUAUUGGAAAUCAAUCAAUGUACACAUCAACAGCAUCAUCAACCUCUGCAAAAAAACAAAAAUUAGAUGGAGAUAACUAG